UUUAACAAUCCCGGCCCCCUCCUCUUGUCUAUUGAAUUUGUGCCUAAAUUCAUCGUCAUUCUUCUUCUUCUUCUUCUUCUUCUUCUUCUUCUUCUUCUCUUUUCUCUGUGUUUUUACUCUUUUCUGCAUAUAUAUAUAAACAUGUGGGACGAUGGAGCUGAGAGGAAUUGGUAGUACGAAAAUCAGAAAGCGAUGUUGGUGAGGUUCAAUUUGAAGACGGACUUUACUCCGAUCGUAAAGUACGAUCUCUAAUUGAGCCGCGCCAAUAUCACUUUUCUUUUGGUAUAUAUCUAGGGUUUCUUAUUUAACAAAACCCUAUAUUUUGUUUCUCAAUUAUCACCCUUUCCUUCUUCACUCUUUUUCUUUUUCGUUGUAUCAUCGUCGUCAACACGACGAUGCGUUUUAAGUUGAUCUGAAACGGGUCGCGUCAGUUCGUCGGAUCUCGGCUCUCUUUAUCACCAACCAUAAGCUGAUCAGCUGAACCAACCAACGGUUGUGUUUCUGUCUUUGGCUCCUCAAUUUUUCGCCACUCCUCGAAACCCUAGAUCCGACUGAAACGCAUUCAGAUUCAAAAAUCAGAGUUACAACUCUGCUUUAAUCCUCACGAAUUGCGCCCUAAGCUCUUAAUCCUCGCUUCCUGUUCCUCCCAGUACCUGAAAUUUUGAGUACAGGUCGAUUUUCGAUUCGAUUCAUGUCUCACGUUGAAUCGGAUUUUCCGGAAUCAUGUUUUUGCACUAGUCUCUCGCCUCGGCUUCGGAGCAACAGCUUUCGCCGGAGUCUCAGCUACCAGAGGCUUCCGCCGCAGCUCCUCCGGCUUUCGGUGCUGAAACUGGACGGCUCUUCCUUCGAGGUGCAAGUUGCAAGGAAAGCGACGGUGGCAGAUCUCAGAGACGCGGUGGAGAGUGUUUUCUGUCAAAUUAUGAUGAAUAAAGAAGAUACCAAGAUUUCAUGGCCACAUGUGUGGGGUCAUUUUUGCUUAUGCUAUAAACAUUUCAAACUGAUCAACGAUAAAUCACAUAUUAAACAUUUCGGAAUCAGGGAUGGUGAACAGCUGCAUUUUGUGAACCGUGUAGCUUAAUUUGUGCCAAGAAUCUGUGGAUUUGAGAUGGCCCAAAUAAAUGGAUAGAAGAAAAUAGGCAGGAAGGUUGAACAGCUUCUGGUAUAAUAAAGUGGUCAGAAGGCUUUGGGGAUGAACUAUUAUUAUAAAGUGGUCAGAUGGGUCUUUUUCUUUUACUUUUCUGAUGUUAAUUUGAGAGUCUUGGUGUGUAUGAUGUUGCGGGAAGACGAUUUCAUGUUUGUGCCACUCAGGACUCCACUUUCCUUUCUUUCACUCAGACAAUAAAUUCAAUUAGAUCGGUCUCCAAGGCAUUCAAACUGCUUGAAGAAGCAAAAGGAAAAUGGCGAUGAAGUUGAAGUUGAAGAUGCUCAAGAAUCUGAAGAUUCUCAGCUGAAAGAGACAUUUUGAUCCAAUAAUAAUGUUUUGGGUAGCCUUUUUUUUAAUCUUUGUUUUGAAACAAUGUUUUGGGCAGCCUUAAUUUAUGCACUUAGAAAAAAAAA